CACUAGAUGUACGGAAGCCGCGGUGGUGUUGUUUACUGAUGACGUUUCGGCUGAAGCCGUGGAGUGAUGUGGCUAACAUCUAUUUACAGGAUGAUAAUGUUAUAUUAAACAUCGAGUUCACGGUAUAGCAACAGGAGACACGCGGAAAAGCACAAGAUGUUGGAGUCCUAUGUUACACCACUCCUGAUGAGCUAUGUGAACAAGUAUAUUAAGAAUCUAAAGCCAUCUGACCUGCAGCUGUCUCUCUGGGGAGGAGAUGUGGUGCUCAGCAAGUUGGACCUGAAGCUGGAUGUGCUGGAACAGGAGUUGAAGUUGCCCUUUACAUUCAUGAGUGGUCAUAUCCAUGAGCUGCGUAUCCACGUACCCUGGACCAAGCUGGGCUCGGAGCCUGUGGUCAUUACCAUCAACACCAUGGAGUGCAUCCUGAAGCUGAGAGAUGGAGCCCAGGAUGACCACGAGAGUGGAUCUAGCUCCACCAGUCGCAGUGUCUCAGACACCUCCAAGGCUGUGGCCAAGCCCCGCCGCCUUCAGCAGGCGGCCCCCAGCGACCCCGACCUGCCCCCAGGUUACGUGCAGAGUCUGAUCAGACGUGUUGUGAACAACGUGAACAUUGUGGUGAACAACCUGAUCCUUAAGUACGUUGAGGAUGACAUUGUGCUGUCGGUCAACAUUACCUCAGCAGAGUGCUACACUGUGGACGAUAUAUGGGAGAGGGCCUUCAUGGACAUUACUGCUCCAGAGCUGGUCUUAAGGAAAGUCAUCAACUUUGCUGACUGUACAGUGUGCUUGGACAAGCGGAAUGCUAGUGGCAAGAUCGACUUUUACCAGGACCCGCUGCUGUACAAAUGCUCCUUCAGAACCCGUCUUCAUUUUACCUACGAAAACAUCAAUUCCAAGAUCCCAUCAGUCAUCAAAAUCCACACAAUGGUUGAGAGCUUGAAACUGUCCAUUACUGAUCAGCAGCUGCCCAUGUUUAUCCGCAUUUUGGAGCUGAUAAUUGCCCUCUACUACGGGGAAAUCGGAGGACACAAAGAGGGGGAGGAAGAAGAGGGAAAUGUUCAAGUCAGAGAGGCUGGCAACAUUUUACCUGGAAUGGAGGAGGAUAUGGAUGGACAGGGGACUAACCAGUUCUCCAGCCCAGACCUCUACAUGCAGUCUGGUUGUCCUGAAGAUGGGGACAUGGGUUGGGUGACCUGGGCUUGGUCUUUUGUUCCAGCCAUCGUAGGCACAGAGGAGGAAAUGGAGGAAGGCCUCUACCAGCAGGGAGAGACAGAAGGCAUCUCCAACAAUCUACAACAACGCACACCCAAAGACCCCAUUGUGUCCAUAGGCUUCUACUGCACCAAAGCUUCUGUUACCUUUAAGCUGACCGAGACCCAGUCAGAGAGCAGCUACUACAGCCCUCAGAAAGUCAAGUCCAGAGAUGUCCUGUGUGUGGAACAGGAGGGGAUCACUAUUGAGGUGCUGAUGAUGGGGGAGCCCUUCUUUGAUUGUCAAAUAGGCUUUGUGGGGUGCCGGGCACUCUGCCUGAAAGGCAUCAUGGGAAUACGAGAUUUUGAAGAAAACAUGAACCGACUUGAAGAGGAUGCAGUGUUCUUCAGCUGUGGGGACAGCCUAAGCAGUAAAGGAAUGACCUACCUCACCAACUCCCUGUUUGACUACCGCAGUCCCGAGAACAACUCUGUCAGGGCUGAGUUCAUCCUGGAGACUGCUAAUCACAAGGAGACCUAUACGGAGAUAGCAGGCAUUCAACGCUUUGGUGCAUUCUACAUGGAUUACCUCUACACAAUGGAAAACAGCAGCAGCAAAGAGCCUCAGGACUUCUCUGUGGUGAGUUUGGAGGAGGUAGUACCUGCCAUUCAAGAGACAUCAAUCAAGAGGCUUGUGGUGGGAGCUUUGGAAGUCAGACUGCACAGCAGUGCCAUCCACCGCAUCCUCAAGAUGGUCACCUGUGCCAUGGAGCAUGAGUAUGAACCCUACUGCAAACCACAGCCAGAAAUAGUUGAAGAGGGCCAUGGUGCAGCUACUCCAGAAGAGAUAUCAAGCUUAGAGGAAUUCAUCCCAACCAGACUCACAUGUCUCACUCUCCUCUCAGUCUCCGUGACUGUCUCCAUGGCAGAGUUCAACCUCCUUCACACACUCAUGCCUGUGAUCAUGGGAUGCAAGGUUGCACCGGUGCUAGUUAACGUGCCAGUGUUUCAGCCGGUGCGCCCUCUACCUGCUGUACAGUUCCAGGUGGAAAGGGUGAAUGUUGAACACACAGUGCCCAUGUAUGCUCCAGAGCUGGUCAGCACAGUGAGCAGCCUCAGCCAGCCUUCUGACAACCUGCUGCAUCACUGCUAUGCACACCUCUACCUGAAGGUGUUUGGGUUCCAGGCAGGUUUGACAUGCCAGGACAGUACGGGGGGUUUCCUGCCUCUCAUCCCCAUCAUCCCUUCCUUCAGCACUGCGCUCUAUGGGAAGCUGAUCCAGAUGCCUGUAUACUGGUGCAAGAGAUCUUCGGUCCCCACCACAGAGUGUAUUUUUGAGCUUCCCCACUUUACUGUCCAGGCAACAAGGGCCCAGACGCUUUUGCUCCAAGCGAUCUGUCAGAGCUGGACCCACAGCAUGGUCAAUGGAUCCCCGGUGACCCUCAGCGAAAGCCUGCUCCGUGAGGUGUACAGAGAUCCAGGUGUGAAGUCUCCGGGCCCGUCACCGACUCUCGAGGGCUCGGUCCAAAACCUGGAGCUGAAGUUCUGCAGCCGUGCGACGGUGAAAUGCGCCUCGGGAACCGUGGGAGCUGUAAAAGUGUGCGCCAGGACCCCAGGUUCGGGAGAGGGGGUUAAGGAAAAGCUGGUUCCUCUGGUUCAGGGCCCGUCUGACACCAAAGAACUCCAUAUGAGCCGCUGGCUGAAUGAGAUCCGCAAGCCUGAAUCUUUGUUGGCUCCUGACCUUCUGGUGUUUUCUGUCCAAGUCCCACAGCAAGGAGGCGAUUGCAGGAACUCAGGUGCAGUCCUGCUGGUCAGUGUCCAGGGCAUAUCUGUAAAUGUGGACCCAGUUUUCUGCACAUGGCUGUUGUACCAACCUCACAGAGGGAGCAGCAUGCAGCAGGCUCCAGGUUUAGUUCCUUUGGCCAAGAGGAGAGAGGAUGAGGUGACGUUGGGGAGUGCCCCCCCCCCCCGAACUACCCCCCAACAGGCCUCUGAAUACGCCAGCAGCCCUGUCAAAACUAAAACAGUGACAGAAUCACGUCCCAUGUCCAUCCCAAUGAAAGUGAUGCCCGAUACCACAGCAGUGGAGUCUUGGGCGACCUCGGAGGAGAGGAUGAAGGAGCUCAUCGCCCAGGCCUGGGAUGCUGUGAAACGCCUGACUCUGCAGUUGGAGCUGCAGUCGUGCUGUGUGUUCCUGCCUAAUGACAGCCUGCCCUCCCCGAGCACCAUCAUCUGCGGGGACAUUCCUGGCACCGUGCGCAGUUGGUAUCACAACCAGGCCUCCAUGCCCGGGACCCUGGUGGUCUGCCUGCCACAGAUCAGUGUGCUCAGUGCCGGGCACAAGUACAUGGAGCCGCUGCAGGAGCUCCCCUUUGUGGUCGCCAAGCCCAUCUUGGAGGAAGGUGAUGCCUUCCCUUGGACGGUUAGCCUGAGUCAGUUCAGUGUGUACACUUUGCUGGGCCAGCAGCAGAGCCUGAGCCUGUUGGAGCCAAUGGGCUGCACCUCCACACUGGCUGUCACAUCCCAUAAGCUUCAGAGCUGUUCUGAAGGCAGACACUCCUUUAUAGUGUGCCUCCAUGUUGAUCUCCAAGCCGUCCACGUCAAGUGCUGCAACCCUCAGGUUCAGCUAUUGUACGAGCUCCUCUUCAGCUGGAGCUCUACAUGGGCUCGCCUCCAGAAGCAUGGCAUCCUGCGGCAGGCCUCCAGCGUCCUGGACCCCCCCGCUGCUGCGCCGGCCUCCCCCGUGCGCAGCAGUGCCGGCACCGCCCUGCCAGACACCAGCACCUGCAGCCCGUCUGCAGACUUUGGCUCUCCCACUGAGGGUGACUCGGUGCCAGCCGGAGACGAUGGUCCGUUUGCGGACACCGUGACUCUGGAGCAGAAAACCAGCAGCAUCGGGGGCACCAGUGGGAAGGUCAGCCUGUGGAUGCAGUGGAUGCUGCCCAAGGUCACAGCUAAACUGUUCGCUCCCGACCCCACUGACAAACAGAAAGAAAUAUGUGUCAUCAGUGAACUUGAAGACCUGAGUGCCUCAGUUGAUGUCCAAGAUGUUUAUACGAAGAUCAAAUGUAAAGUUGGCAGCUUCAACAUCGACCACCACAGAUGCAGGCCAGGGCAGGGCUUGCACUCUGGCUCCUAUGAAGGACUCAUUCUGCAGUGCAAGGAGACAGCAGUGACUGCAGCCAAGGUCCUGGAGGUCUCUCACCAGCAGCACGGCUUCCUGUCCAUCACCUACACCCAGGCUGUCACCAAAAAUGUCCGUCACAAACUCACAACCCGGCCGGAGAGACCCCCACGCAGCGGUGCUACCACCAGCAGUCAGCGGCUGACCUCUGACCCCCUGGCAGACAGCUCCCCCCAGUACCUGAGAGAGAUCCUGCUGACGGCUCAGCCCUUCGACGUGGUGCUGUCCUGCCCCUUGCUGGCUACUGUAGCGGGGGUGUUCCAGGCUACGGUGCCAAGACGCUACAGAGAGCGUGGAAAGACAGCUGGUCAACCAAUGAGAAUCCACACUCUGACCUCUCGGAGUUUACCCCUGAUGUACAUCAACACCAGCGUGAUCAGGGUCUUCUGUCCCAGUGCACGAGAAAAACACACAGCAUCAGAUCCUCAGAUGAAAAAAGAAGACACUCUGGUGUUGAAGCUGGGCUCCCUCAGCAUGGCCCCCCAGGCGGAUAACCCCCUGACCCGCACAGUGCUGCGGAAAGACAUCUACCAACAUGCACUGCACCUCGGCAUACUGCGUGACCCGGGUUCAGAGGUGGAGGACCGGCAGUAUCAGAUGGACCUCCAGUCCAUCAACAUUGGAACGGCUCACUGGGAGCAACUGAAGCCGGAGAAGGAGGGGACCAAAGGAGGCGUGUCCGUAGAGAGUGAGAGGAGCUCCCAGAACCCGGCGCUGGAGUGGAACAUGGCCAGCAGUAUCAGGAGGCACCAGGAGAGGCGGGCCAUUCUGACACCCAUCCUGACGGACUUCUCUGUCCGGGUGACCGCUGCCCCAGCCAUCAUCUUCAGCAAGAAUAUUUCCCCUGACUGCGGUCAGGCAGAGGAGGUAGUGGUGUGUGGCCACUCUCUGGAGGUAAAUGUGACCAGCAGUCUGGAUUUCUACCUCAGCGUGGCCCAGGUGCAGCUCCUCCAGCAGCUCCUCACAGAAAACAUGGUGGGGAUGGACACUCCUGAGAAAAGUGCUGAGGUGUGUGGUUUGGAGCAGAAGCAUGGCGGCCGGGACCCAGCAGCAGGUGUGGACUCGUCCUCCCGUCUCAGCGGGACAGGGAGGGACAGCGGCUUCGGCAGUGACAGCGCUUGCAUCCGCAUCGUUCAGAUCGAGCAGCAGAGCGGGGCCAGCCACCACCGCAUCGCCCGGCCCUCACACACCUCCACCAUCACCAAGAACCUCAGCUUCAUCCCCUUUGACAUCUUCCUCACAGCGAGUAGACUCUCCGUCAUGACCUACGCAUGCUCCAGCCCCCCGAAGGCCCUCCCCUCAUCGUCUGACACCCCCGGCACCCCCGAGGAGAAAGAGCCCGGGGAUAAGGUGGGAAAAAGUGCUCUGAACCAGCCUGAGAUCCUGCCUGAGUCUCCUCCAGCCUCGACCCCCCCCACACCAGACCCCGCUGCAGUGGCCCAGGUUUCUCUUGCUGGCCUCACCGCUGAGGACAUCCUCAACAGCAACAACUCCCAGACGGCCUCCCCCCUACUGAGAGGCAGCCUGCUUUCCCUGGGGGGCCUGCCGACGCCCAGCCGCUCCUCCGCACGCCAAGCCCUGGGUGUUACCAUAGUGAGGCAGCCGGGGAGGAGAGGGGCGGGGGACCAGGUUCUGGAGCCCCUCCUGUACAUCCAGGUGAUGCAGCCUUCUGCUCUGCUCAGCUGCCACCACCGCAAGCAGAGGAUGGAGCUCUCUGUGUUCGACGUGGCCUUACGAGGAGUCCCCUCUGACUACAAGUGUUUGGACCCAGGAAAGACUCUGCCAGAGUCUCUGGACUACCAUGUGUUCUGGAUGCAGACAGUAGCAGGAGAGGUAGACAGCAAAACAGGCAUCCCCCCCCCUCUGCUCUGCCUCCAGAUCAAAGAUUUCCUCAAUGGACCGGCUGAGCUGAAUGUGGAGCUAGCUCGCCCUCUGAAAAUCAACCCCACCCUGGCUAAGCUGGAGCAGGCUAAAGCAUACCUGAUGAAAGUCCUGCCAAACCACACCUGGGGAACCUCCAGUAACCCUCCUUCUGCUUCCCCCAGCCCCUACUCCUCCCCUGCCAAGACUCUGCCCAGGCCCCCCCCUGCUCACUCAGAGGCCUCCGCCCUGGGGAAGGACAGUGUCAGGGCUCUGGCGCUUUCCUUCCACAAGGUCUCUCUCCACACUGCCCAGAUUGUGGUAGUCAUGGAGACAGAGGCCCAUCCAAUGAGGCCCAGUGUGACCGCAGCAGUGUCUGCCAUGACAGGAAGUCUGAAUAUGAAGUCAGGGCCAAGGAUCGAAGAUGCAGUUCAGGCAGCAUCUAUGCAGCUGCAGCUGAAAGACCUGCUGCUGAGGACCGGCCUGAAGGAGCGGGGCCGGGUCCUGCUGGGGCCCUUCUCCUGCAGCAGCUCUCUGGAGGCCCGCUGGUGUCGGCACAGCGGCAGCCCUGGCCUGGAGCCUGGCCCCCCUAAACUGCUGCUGGACCUAAAGGGAGGCCUACUGCAGGUCUUCUGGGGUCAGGAACAUCUGAGCUGCCUGAAGCUAGUAGAGGAGCACCUGCAGGCCUACCUGAACCUCCAGAGAGUUACAGAAUCAGCUGAUAGCUGCUCCAAGGGCAAGGCCUGCCACAUCCAGCCACCUCCCUCCCCCGGUGCUCCCUCUCCGAGGACAGAGCACAGCUCAGAUGACCUGCGAACAGGACAUUUUCAGUACAUGCAGAACUCAGCCUCCCAGAGACUGCCUGGCCCCCAUGAGGUGGUGUUCUGCAGCGAGACGGAGGAGAGUCCGGGGGUGAUGCUGUGGAGGUACCCUGAGCCCCGCGUCCUUACCUUCGUCAGGAUCAAUCCUGUCCCUUUUAACACCACUGAGGACCCGGAGAUCAGCACUGCAGACCUGGGGGACGCCCUCCAGGUACCAUGCAGCCUAGAAUACUGGGACGAGCUCCAGCAGGCCUUUGUUCCGUACCGGGAGUUCAGCCUCUCAGAGAGCCGGGCCUGCCAGCUGCAGCUGCCCAGCCUCAGCCUGACAGAGAAGCAGAAGGAGCUGGUGGCCUCUGACCUGUGGAGGAUAGUCCUCAACAGUAAUGGAGAGGGAGGAGAUGAGCAGAGUCUGGACAGUGAGAGUGGCUCCCAGAUGCCCUGCGAUCAGUUGGUUUCUCCCAUGGCAUUGGCAGCCUGCACCCGUGUGGACUCCUGCUUUGCACCCUGGUUUGUCCCCUCCCUGGGUGUGUCCCUUCAACUAGCACAGCUGGACGUUCACCUCUGCCACCAUCUAGAACAGCUGGGCACAGUUCCAUCCCGGCAACUUCGUCCCUUCCUGCCAGACAGGAAGUUACCGCAGGAGCAAGAGUUCAUGGUGACUGGUGCUCGGGAGCCGCGGGUCUUCCUCCGCCAGUGGAGCAACGGCCCACGUCACUGUCAGGAGUUCAGCUUCUCCACCCAGCUAGACUGCAAGCUGCUGGAGUACCGGAACCUCACACACCUGCAGCUCCUCCAGCCUGUUGUCCUACAGGGCCAGGCUGCUGCCACAUAUUGCCCCCAGGACACCUCACUGGAUGUGAAUGUUUUUGUGAAUCCGGUGUUCCUCAAUAUCAGCCAGUAUGCCAUCCACACUGUGGACACUGCCCUGCAAUGCUGGAAACAGAAAGGGAACCCGCAGGCUGAGGAGCUGGUGUACAGUCACUACGUGAUCUGUAACGACACCCACGAGACGCUGUGCUUCGGCCAGGUGGACACAGAUGAGAACGUGCUGCUGGCCAGCCUCCACAGCCACCAGUACAGCUGGAGAUCCCACAAGUCCCCUCAGCUGCUGCACAUCUGCAUCGAGGGCUGGGGGAACUGGCGCUGGUCAGAGGCCUUCAGUGUGGACAACGUAGGGACUCUGCUGAGGACCAUCCAGUACAAAGGACGCACAGCUUCACUCAUCAUCAAGGUGACGCAGCUCAACGGGGUCCAGAAACAGGUGAUCAUCUGUGGGCGGCAGGUGAUGCUCAGCUACCUGACUCAGCACAUUGAGCUGCGGGUGGUGCAGCACUACGUCGGGCCUGACGCUCAGACCGUGGUGAGGGAACACUGUGACUGUCUGGAGGCAGGGGCCAAGCUGCCAUCAUAUGUGCUGGAGGACGCUGAGAUGACGGAGCUCUGUGUGAGGGCCAGAGGAGAUGAAGACUGGUCCCAGGAUGUCCAGCUCGAGAGGAGGGAGAGGGGCCCCAGCAGCUCUGUGGUACAGGUGCCUUGCUCCAGUGGAUCUUUGCUCUAUGUUUGGUGCACUCUUUUCACAAUUGAAGCUGACACUCACAUGCAGCAGAGAGUGGUGGUCUUUAGUCCACUGUUUGUUAUGAGGAGCCACCUGCCAGAUCCAGUAAUCCUUCACGUAGAGAAGAGGAGUCUGGGACUGAGAGAGAGCCAGCUGAUCCAGGGCCAGGGCCACCAGGAGCCCCUGCUGAACACGGAGGCCGACCUCACACACCACCUCACCUUCCAGGCCAGGCAUGAUGAGGAUGCUUCCCACUGUGCUGUACCAAUCUCCACCAGCCUCAUCAAACAGAUAGUGCACAAGAAUGGAAAUGAGGACAACCUGGAGCACAUCCUGGCUGACUUCUACGGUCCAAAGACCUCCACUGGGCCCCCAUGGCCCUACGUAGCCAAGGAUACUGACAGGUCGGUGCUGGAGCCCCUGGCCCAGUGGGACAGUCCCAUGCAGGUGAAGUUAUCCUGCUGGAAGUCGGGUCUCAACACUCUGCUGGUAGAGCUGUUGCCCUGGGCCCUGCUGGUCAACCACUCCAAAUGGGACGUGUGGCUGUUUGAGGGAGAGACAAUCGUCCUGCAGAUACCAGCCGGAAAGAUCAUUGUGCCCCCCAACUUUAAGGAAGCCUUCCAGAUUGGUAUCUACUGGGCCCAUACUAACACUGUCCACAAGUCCACGGCUCUCAAACUGGUGCAUGACCUGACUUCUCCUCGGUGGAAGGAGGGAUCAGGCUCAGAGGUGGUCACUCUGGAUGAGGAGGGGUAUGUAGAGGCCGACAUCACCCUGGGAGCCUUCCCUGGCAGACAGAAGCUGUGUCAGUUUUGUGUGUCGUCUGUGGUGAGGCAUGGUAUUCAGAUUCUACAGUUAGAAGACAGAACCAUCCUGGUCAACAACACUCCUCACACCAUUCAGUGCAGGCCUCUGCUGACAGACCAUGCCCUGGGAACUGACGGCCAGGCCUGCGAGAUCCCAGAGACAGCCCAGUUCAGCCUGGCCCCCUCUGAAGAGCAGUCCAGACCCUGCUCUGUGCUGUGCUGGGACCUCCUGCAGACCAGCGUCCAGGGAGCGCUGGAGUUCCCUCUGCCGCUGAGAUACAUGCUUCUCCGCCUACUUCCCAAGCCUGAUGGUGGAGUUGGAUCAGCAGGAUGGAGCCUGCCCGCUCCGAUCCGAUCAGACUUCCCCAGGCAGAGUGUGUCUGUUCCUGGGGAAGCAGAGUCUGUGGGGGGCCUGAGCAGUAGAAGCAUAGUACUGACAUAUCAAGAACACCUUGGGGUGACAUACAUCAUCCUGAAUGAGGACCCCUGUCCACGGAUGGUGAUCCACAACAAGUGUCCUAUCCCACUCAUGCUGAAGGAAACAGUCAAAGAAACUGCAAGGACUGAGGUGUACUGCCGUCCUCUGCCUGCUAACUGCUCCCUGCACCAUGAGCUCUACCACCAUUUCUCCAGUUUCCCUGAGUGCAGACAGAAAGAGAUGCUGCCCACACUGCUGCUAAAAACCACGUCAGACCACAGCUCCACUGACUGGACUGACCCCAUAGACAUCAACUGUCCCGGGACUCAGGUGGUGUUCCUGCCAGGCUUCGGCUGUCUCUACAUUGAUGUGCUGUAUGAGAAAGGCACCCUGGUUCUGUGUCUGGCACCAGAGGGCGGCCUGGACGCUGUGAUCCACCAGCACAGCAGCUCACCUAAAGCAUCCUGCAGAGUGCUCCUCAGUGAAGCCAGUGUGGUGUUAAGUGAUGACAUCACCAAUCCAUCUGGAUCUGUGGAGCUGCUCAGACUCACGUUGACCAAGCUGCUCCUCAGCCUGGCUCCAGCCCCCACCUCCCUGCCCCAGGAGCAGGGAGCCUCUGACCUGGGAUCAGCACACAUCUCGCUGGUCGAGGUCUAUUGCUCCAACCUGCAGAUAGACAACCAGCUGUAUAACAGAGCCAGUUUCCACUUCCCUGUGCUGCUGUGCCAGGAUCAGAGAAGCGGUGCUGAGCCUGGGGGGGGUCCCUGGAGCAGCGAGGCCAACCCCACUGAGUCUCCUGAAGCCCUGGAGGAGUUCAAGCGCUCCUGCUUCCUGCAGCUGAGGAUGAGGCUGGCAGGGGACAGGUGCAAUGCAGAGGAGAUCACCUUCCAGCUCCAACCUGCCAGAGUCUACCUGGAAGACACCUUUGUUUACUACGUUAAGACCCUGUUCCACACCUACAUCCCUGACAGUGCCAUGGCCUCGGCCCCAGCAGAGCCACAGAGGGGGACAAAGUGUGGCUCAGCCCCCAUCCUCCCUGAACAGGUGCUGCAGGCGGUGCAGGCGCUGGUGCACCCUGUGCGGCUGCAGAGGCUGAGCAUCCAGCCGGUCAACCUGCUGGUCAGCAUCCAUGCCUCCCUCAAGUUGUACAUCGCUUCAGACCACACUCCUCUCUCCUUCUCCCUGUUUGAGAGAGGCCCGCUGUGCACCACAGCCAGGCAGCUGGUGCACGCUCUGGCCAUGCACUACGCUGCCGGGGCCCUCUUCAGAGCUGGGUGGGUGGUGGGCUCUCUGGAGAUCCUGGGCAGUCCUGCCAGCCUGGUGCGCAGCAUCGGGAACGGCGUGUCGGACUUUUUCCGGCUGCCGUACGAGGGGCUGACCCGCGGGCCUGGGGCCUUCGUCAGCGGAGUGUCCAGAGGGACCACGUCUUUCGUCAAACAUAUCUCAAAAGGCACGCUGACGUCCAUCACCAACCUAGCCACGAGCCUGGCCCGGAACAUGGACCGCCUCUCGCUGGAUGAGGAGCACUACACCCGGCAGGAGGAGUGGAGGCGCCAGCUGCCAGAGAGCCUGGGGGACGGACUGAGGCAGGGGCUGUCCCGACUCGGCAUUAGCUUGUUAGGAGCGAUUGCAGGCAUUGUAGACCAGCCCAUGCAGAACUUCCAGAGGAACUGGGAGACACAGAGCUCAGCGGGAAGCCAUGCCAAAGGGGUCAUCUCUGGCGUGGGGAAAGGCAUUGUGGGUGUUUUUACUAAGCCCAUCGGAGGAGCAGCUGAACUGGUGUCCCAGACAGGUUAUGGGAUCCUUCAUGGAGCCGGACUGUGGCAGCUUCCUAAACAGCUGUACCUGCCUACGGAGGAGAAGUCUUGUCGGGCCCCUAACAGCCACCUUAAAUAUGUGUGGAAGAUGCUCCAGUCUCUGGGGCGGCCGGAGCUCCACAUGGCCCUGGAGGUGACCCUGGUGAGCGGCUCGGGUCAGGAGCAUGCUGGCUGUCUGCUCCUCACUUCGGAGGUGCUGUUUGUGGUCAGCCUCAGUGAGGACACCCAGCAGCAGGCCUUCCCCAUCACAGAGGUGGUGUGCCAGCAGGAGCCGGGGCAGGGGGGCCAGCUCAGCCUCACCUUACAGCAGCAGACAGUAGCCAGCGACACAGAGGGUGACGGUGUGCGUGAGCGCCUGACGGAGCAGCAGUAUCGCCGCUUGGUGGACUACGUGCUGCGAGCCGCCCACUUCCUGUCCCCCUCCGCGGGCUCUCUACAGCUGCAGCUCCCAGUGACGCUGGCAGAGCCCCCCCCCUCCGUCACCAAGUCCUACCGCUACCUGGUGGAUCCUGCCUUCGCCAAGGUGUUUGUCAGCAAGUUCACAAUGGUGAAGAAUAAAGCCUUACACAUUGGAUUCCACUAAUAUACACUAACACACAUCUAUGGAUUUCUGCCACCAAAUAAACCGGACCUUUUUAUUCCAUAUUAAGCCUUAAAAUACACCGAACUAUGGAUCUGAAAAUAUAACUACACAUUUAUGCAAAACAAAUGUUAAUUUAAAAGAAUAUAUAUUAUCAAACUAAGUCCACUUGGUUAUGCCUUAGAUAUGGAGAGAGUUCUAAGCAAUGUAUUUUGGAAGAUAUAUUUUUGAUUAAUACGCAAACAAAUCACAGAAGAAAUCAGAAGGGUUCAAAACAGUUUUAAUGAUAGAAAUACAUUUCUUAAACUGGGACAUUUCAAUGAGCUCAUACUACAGUAUAGUGAACACUAAAACAAAGAAGAGUUGCGCCAACUUGAAAUCAGGGCGCAUUGUGAAAGCUCUUCAGUGUGACAGGACAGUGUGCAGUGUUUCACUCUGCACAAUCACUGUUUACUGUCUCAUGCCAAUGCUAAGUGCAAUAUUAUAGAAAUGUUGAAGGAUGUUAGAGAUCCCAGCUGUCAACCAAAAUGUUUUUAUAGAUGAUGUCACAACUUGUUUGACGAUAACAAUGUUCUUUGUAAACUUACUGUACGUGGAUGCCAACUCAUCAUUAUUGCCUUUUAUAUUGUUGAUCCACUGAACUCUGAGUGAGAGUCGAAUGCUUUUUAUGUACAUGGAUAAUAUAUGAAUAGAACAUCAUUUAAUAAAAACAUUGAAAUAA